AUGACCAACAAUGAUGAAUUGACGGUAGCAACGCCAUCAACAACGACUAAUAAUACCAGUAUAAAUACAAGUACUGCAAUUACAAAAUCACUUCUUGAUGAUCCGAAUUGGAAAGAAAAAUUGAAAUUACCACCAAAAGAUAAUCGACCGAAAACAUCUGAUGUUACUAAUACAAAAGGUCAUAGUUUUGAAGAUUACUGUCUUAAACGUGAAUUAUUAAUGGGUAUUUAUGAAAAAGGUUGGGAAAAACCAUCACCUGUUCAAGAACAGGCGAUUCCUAUUGCAUUAACGGGUCGUGAUGUUCUUGCACGCGCUAAAAAUGGUACAGGGAAAACAGGUGCUUAUACAAUUCCAAUUGUUGAACGAAUUGAUCCCACGAAAAAUGCUGUUCAAGCUAUUAUUUUGGUUCCAACGCGUGAAUUAGCAUUACAAACAAGUGCUAUAUGCAUGGAAUUAUCGAAACACCUUCAAUUACGUGUUAUGGUUACAACAGGUGGUACAUCAUUACGCGAAGAUAUUUCACGAUUACAAGAAGUUGUUCAUAUUAUCAUAGCAACACCUGGUCGUCUAUUAGAUUUAGUUAAUAAAAAUUUAGCUAAAAUUGAUGCAUGUCGUGUUAUUAUAUUGGAUGAAGCUGAUAAAUUGCUUUCACAAGACUUCAAUCAUUUAUUAGAUGAAUUAUUGCAUGUAAUGCCAAAGGAUCGACAAGUUAUGCUUUUUUCAGCUACAUUUCCAUUAACUGUCGAUGACUUCAUUAAGAAACAUAUGAAACAAGCAUAUGAAAUCAAUUUAAUGGACGAAUUAACACUUAAAGGUAUUACACAAUAUUAUGCAUUUGUACAAGAGCGACAAAAAAUCCAUUGCUUAAAUACACUUUUCUCUAAGUUACAAAUCAAUCAAUCAAUUAUAUUUUGUAAUUCAACACAACGUGUUGAACUUUUAGCUAAAAAAAUCACUGAUCUCGGUUAUUCAUGUUAUUAUAUACAUUCAAAAAUGCGACAAGAACAUCGUAAUCGUGUCUUUCACGAUUUUCGUACUGGUCUUUGUCGUAAUCUUGUUUGUUCGGAUUUAUUUACUCGUGGUAUUGAUAUUCAAGCUGUCAAUGUUGUGAUUAAUUUUGAUUUUCCUCGUUUCAGUGAAACAUAUCUUCAUCGAAUUGGUCGUUCAGGUCGUUUUGGUCAUUUAGGUCUUGCCAUUAGUUUAAUAACUUAUGACGAUCGUUUUACUGUGCACACAAUUGAACAAGAAUUGGGUACAGAAAUUUUGCCAAUCCCACGUCAUAUCGAGGAAACUUUAUAUGUGGCAAAAGCACCAGCUAUUGAACAAUCCAUUGAUGAACAACAAGCAGAUAAAUGA